GCUAGCAGCUCCCCUUGUCUCUCCCCUCGCCGACGUCCUCCCUGCACCUCCCCACAACCCCCCCAGGAAGCUCCCCCUCGGUUUAGCCCCCCAAGGUACGUGUGAGGUGAGGGCGGCCUGACGGAGGUCGUUGAGAGAGAGGUCAAGGUGGAGGUGAGAGUGUCAGAGUGGGCCCCGCCCGCAAGCAGCCUCCGCCAGAUGACGAUGGAAAGCCCUCACCACCUGAAGGAGAGCCCGCCGCCUUCCCCAGGAGACGAUAGUAAAGGAAGCGACCUCGUGGACAGCACAAGCGCUUUAUCAAAUCCUCUGCUCGUGACGACCGCCGGCGGCCUCAUGGUGACCAACCCGGCUCUCUUCACACACACCAUGCUGAGUGCGGCGCCCACCCUCCUGCUCGGCAACUCCCCCGUCCUGGGCAGCGACUGGAUGGGUCGCCUCAAGGAGCUCCAGGAACGGGGAGGCCUUUCAGGCAGUGACAUAGAAAGUGGAGAUCUUGACAACUCGCGGCAAUACACGUCACGCAAUACAGGCCAGCCCGUCGCCAUGGACCUCUGCGUUGUGUGUGGCGACCGAGCAUCAGGGCGGCACUAUGGUGCAAUCAGCUGUGAAGGUUGCAAAGGCUUCUUCAAGCGGUCAAUUCGCAAACAGCUCGGUUACACCUGCCGCGGGAACAAGACGUGCGAGGUCACUAAGCACCAUCGCAACAGGUGUCAAUACUGCCGGCUGCAAAAAUGUCUGGCGAUGGGCAUGCGCAGCGACUGUAAGAACGAUACUAAGGAUUUGUACAAAACUGUCCAAUCGGAGCGAAAGCCAAACAGCUUCUUGGGUAGCAGUGAUCGCCGGGAAAAAGAAGGAAGCCCGCCCAUAUCAGUUAACCCUCUUGCUGGGCUAGAGUCACCCACAUUAGCUUCCAGCAAGACCCCAGUCGUAGGGAAGGACAUUCCCUCCCAACCCCCAACUAGCCUUGCCGAACUUCACCAACAGAUGGCAAAGGCUUUCGAGGGAGCCUUCAGUAGAGACGCCAAAGAAGCAGAAUGGCAUGAGAGUAGCAAUGGUGAUAUACGGCGAGAUGAUGAUUCUCCAACAGCUAAUGGUGAUGAUGACAGACAAACAAAGGAUAAGCAAGUAACAAAGGCACUAGAAAACUUGUCAAAAUUAAAUGGCUCAGAGAAUGGGGAAUGUGACGAUACCGAAAGUGAUAGUACCUAUGAACUGGAUGGCCCUUUGCUGGCGGACAGCUUAGUGCCAUUCAACUUAACCGCUCCGUCCCCAAUGCCCGCCUACCUCAACGUGCACUACAUCUGCGAAUCAGCAUCUAGAUUGCUUUUCCUAUCUGUCCAUUGGGCUCGCAAUAUCCCAACCUUCCAGUGCCUCAACCAAGAAACGCAGGUGACGUUGGUUCGGGGUUGUUGGUCAGAACUGUUCACAUUGGGCAUGGCACAAUGUAGUAGGAUCAUGUCCCUCAACACCAUUCUCACCGCAAUUGUCUCGCACCUUACACAGGCUGCGGCCAGUGAAAAGCUCACACCUUCCCGGUUUAAACAGGUUUCUGACCACAUAAGUCGUCUCCAAGAUUUUGUAACAGCCAUGACAAAGCUUCAGCCAGAUGAACAUGAAUACGCUUAUCUUAAGACCAUAGUGCUCUUCCAAUACGAAAAUAUCCAGGGAAGCAAGAGGAACCAGAUAGAACGACUACAAGAAAGGGCAGCUCAGGAGCUAAGGCAUCAUGUGGAAGACACAUACCCAGAUACACCCGAGAGAUUCUCCAGACUUCUGCUAAAGUUACCUCCACUCAGAGCACUUCAGCCCCAGGUUAUGGAGGAGCUUUUCUUUGCCGGUCUAAUAGGAAAUGUACAGAUAGAUUCUGUCAUCCCAUACAUAAUGAAGAUGGAAAUGACAGAGUAGUUAAGUGGAGUGACAAUGAUACAAAAUUAUUGGCCAAAGAAAGUGUUACUGUCUUGACGAUAGUGAGUGCUGGGUAACAAUUAUUCAGCAUAACAAAGACAGUGCCGUAGUUUGUAUCUGGUCAGACUCCAGAAGCAUAAACAGAAAAAAACAAAAGACAUUAUCCAAAGUUAUGGUGUGUGUGGACCUCGGGCUUUGGGGCAAAAAAAUGCAGUUUCAUCUGAAAAAAAAAAAAAAAACUGGAAAGUUACAAUAAUGGCCAUGACGGUGAUUGGUUGAGGAUUAUUUUAAAAGUAAAAAUGAAAAAUAAAAGAAGAAACCAGUGACUAUUGUGCUAUGGAUUUGUACUUGAUGGGCUUUUCCUAACGAGAAGGGUUUGAAGGUGGAUACGACAAGUCCACACACAUUUGGCCGUCAUACAGUUCAACUAAUUGUUAAAAUUCUGAGAAAUGUGUGGCUCAUUGUUAUCUAACCAGAGUUCCCUUUCUUGUUUAUCUCCAUUGGAUCAGGGUACUUUCAUAAGCAUUAUCUUAAGUAAUUUUGCAGUUGAUGUGUAGUACAUUUCUCAACACGUACAGCCCAACACUGUAUAAUAACAUAAAGACUGUUUUUCAUUAUCAAUACAGAAAUGUGAUUAUAGGCCAGUUUUUACAAUUGCUCCAGUGUUCAUGGAAGACAAUGACCGCAGUCAAGACAAGCAGCGGCGAGUCACGUCCUUUUUUUCAUCAAAUUCAUUCAUGUUGUACAAUAUGAAUGCAAGCUUUUACCAAAUUUCAUGAUCACACUGGUUUUGACCUCAUUGAAAGAAAAAGAAAUAUUAUAAGUGCUGAUCAUGGAAUAUCGGGGCUUCCAUGAAAUUGGUAGGACCAGCAAUUUAGUAAGAUUUUUGUAUGGUGCAUUUCAUGAUCAAAAGAUUGUGAAAAUACAAAAUCCUUCUGAGAGCUGUUUUAAAAGUUGCUGGUUGAAGUCAUUGUUAAAUAAGUCAAUGGAUGACCUUCAUAACACAGACCUGAAUUGUAAUACUAUAACACAGAAAGAGAUACAUGUAUUAGGUGAUUCGUGCAUAUGUGUGCAUGUGAUUAUCAUAAGUCAAAAUAAACCAGAAAAAUAUAUAAAGGGUCCAGAUAGCCGAUUCUCUCACUCUCAAAAUGGUCAAAAUGUGCUUGUCUUUCCAUUUUAAGGAAUCAACCCAUCAUGUCAAAAAUUAAUAACAAAAAUGCCAUGGCAUGUAAUUUAAGCAGGAUGGGCAAAGGGCAUAAAAAGUACAGUUGCUGGUUUAGAUUACUGGGUAUGUUAAAAAUGAAUUAUUGAUUGCAUCACUCUCCAAUGUUUCGAUCAUAUUUUUCAAACUGGUUCCUGUUUUGAUGUGCUUCAAAGAAAUAGAAUGUGUGUAUCAAUACCAAUAAUUCAUUUUAUGAACAAUCCCAAGAUUUAUUUUCAUAUGUUGAUAAAAGUUGUACUGAACCCACAUAGCAUUCUAUAACCCUAUUGCAUCAAAAGAUCCAACUCACUGAUUUGUACAGUGCAUAUGUUAUUGCAACUGCAAGGUGUAUCUUAUCUCUCUUUAACCAUGUUUUCAGAUAUAAUAAUGAUUUAUUAUUUUAUUGUAAUUUUUUCUGUAUAUAGGGUGGUGCUUCUAUUGAACAGAUUUUGUGUCUAAUUAUUUCUUUUAUCAUGAUUGGUACAUUUUUUGUUUCCGUUUUCAAUAUAGUAUGCAGUACUAUAAGAUUAUGUCAGUAUUAUUUGUAACACAGUGAACAGUGAAUGGGACUUAAAGAAUACUAUUGCCAUCCUUUCUUUUUUUCUUCUUUUUUUCUUCAGGACUGGCGUGUAUCACUCAAUGUUUGACUGUGUGACAUUUCAACUUCUGUCUGAUUUCUCAUUAGGUCCUUUCUUAUUUCACUGCUUUCUUUAUAACUCUGAAUUUAGGAUAUUUUUUUCUUUUUCUAUUCUUCUAAUAUCAGGAUGAUUAACAUGGUGACUGAAGACUUGCUUUUCCCUUUUUUUCUCACAAAAGUUGAGCAAAUACAAAAUGGUGGAUGUAAACUACUUGAUAAUUUUGCAGUUUACUCUUUUGCUGCUGAACAAACAAACAACUACUCCUGAUAAUUACUCUAGUCUGGCCUCAUCAGAUAUGUUUGGCAUUAUAAUGUUGCUUUAGAAGUAUAAUACUGUACCAUAUUAAUUCUUCAAUUUGUUAUCGAGUCAAACUGGUUGUAAGCUCAGCAUUGUUGACGACCGACAAUUCUCUUUCUCCCAGUUCUUUUAGGAAGAAAUUUUAGUAGUGGUGGUCAUCAAUUUAUGUUGAAGAUUUUAUGUUAACAGGAUAACAGUAGGCACUUUCACUGGUUAGUUGAUUUACAUUGACUUUGUUGCAGAAUUUAGUUUCAUGAAGACAAUUUGGAAGACACAUUAUGAGACAGCAGUUUAUUUCUGAAGGAAGAAUAAGCUAGUCAGUGUAUAGCAAAAAAAUCAUUGUUUUGAGUAAGACCAAAAUUGAUUGCCUACGUACACAAGACAAAUUGUCAUGUUCUGUAACAGAGGAAAGGCUAUGCCAACCUGAGUAUGGUAUUGUAUUCAACCAUUUAGUGUCUACUUUUAUCCAAUGAUUAUUAACUUUUCUAAUAUAUAUAUAAUCAAUUAAUUGAGGGAUAAUAAUAUGCAUUGCCAAGAAUUUGACACAAAAUACAUUUCAUACUUUUAUAAAAUGCUGGGCUUUAUCCCCAUUUUCCCAGGCAACCCAAGAAUGCCUGUGCGUAUCCAUAUACAAUAGGGGAUAAAACUCAUUCUAAAACAAAAGUGUUGGAGUGACAACCUGAUCUUCUCUCAACUCCACACCAGAAUCACACAAAUAUGAGGCUACAAAGCUCAUGUUAGUUUAAUUUGCCUGGACACUGAUCACCGGUGAAAAGUGUGCACUUUGCUGUCUUUAUUAUUUUUUUCCCCCUCUUUUUUUUUAAUGUGAGACAGGAAAGGCAAUUCUGAGCUUUGUGGAGAUGCUGUCUUUUCACAAAAGAACUAUGAAGAAAAGAAGAAAUUUUUCAAAAAAGAAGACAAGCCUCAACCCAAAUCAAAGAGAUGGUUAAGAAUUGCCGAGCUUGUCUGGAAGUACUUUAUUGCUAAUCCUACAACACUGUGGAAAAAUAUAUAUAUCUCGGCAAUUAAAUCAUGCAAGGUUCUUCCGUUAUAUUGAGUGAAUUAUCAAAAAUUACAGACUUUCAUAAUGGAUAUGCCUUAAGAAAUACAAAUCACAUUUUUGUAUAUGAAAGAUUAAUCAUAUUUUUGUAUGAAAUUUUGGAAAAUAAUAAAAGUUUCUGCUGCUCAUGUACUGAUACACAAUGGAGCUUCUCAGUUGUGCAUAUGUGUGUUGUGAUGAGGGAAGGUGAUCCUUAAGGAGAUGCUACAAAAGGUUCAUGAUCGCUCGUCAAAUCACAUAAAAAUCUUUGGGAAUUUGAAAGUGAACACAAAAGGUAAUGGUAAUUGAGUACAUUACUUGUGAUAUAUUUUAUAUGAGUGUAAUGAUAUGUACACUGCUAACAAAAUAAUUAAGUUUAUAUUUCGGUGUCUCUUUCAAGUACC